AUGGACGCGACCCCCGCGAUCCCCGUGAGCGUCCGCCACGCGCCGCGCGAGCUCGCCAGCCUCCCCGCGGAGCUGCUCCUCCUCAUCGCCGGCUUCGUCCCCAGCGGGCAGGACCUCUCCGCGCUGUCGCGGACGAACCGGCGGCUGUACGGCUCCCUGCUGCGGUACCGCUACCGGCAGGGCGUGCGGGCCCACGGCACGUCGCUCGUGACGUGGGCGAUCCGGCGCCGGCGGACGGGCACGGUGCGCGAUGCCGUGGCGGCCGGGGGCGUGGCGGCCACGACGUGCCCACAUCCGGCGUGCGCCGUGCCGAGCCCGCUGGAGCUCGCGGCGCAGUACAACUUUGAGGAGCUGGUGGCGCUGCUGCUGGGCGCGCGAGAUGGCGGCGAUGCCGGCGAUGGUGAUGGCGACGGAGGACGAGGAGGGCGAGGACAAGGAGAAGGGGAAAGCGAAGGAGACGGCGGAGGAAUCAACGUCAACGCCCGCUCGGCCAAGGGCCAGGCCGCGCUGUGCUGGGCAGCGGCGCACCGCAACGCCGAGCUCGCGCGCAUGCUCCUCCGCGUGCAGGGCAUCGACCUCGAGACGCGGGACCCCUACGGGCGCACUCCCCUGGCCAUCGCGGCGGGCCACGGCGACGCGGCGCUCGUGGAGGUGCUGCUCGCGCACGGGGCCGACGCCAACAGCCCGCUGCUGCCUGCCCCCGCGUGCGGCGGUGGCGACGGCGGCGAUGAUGCCUCAGCGGGGGUCGUCGUCGAUGCGGCCAUCGAGGCGGUGGUCUCGCGGCUGCUCAAGGACCGGGGCGCGGUGGACGCCGCGGCGAGGCUGAUGAGGGAGAACGCUCCGGGCCGGUACUACGACUCGUGCAGCGUGCCGCUGCUGCUGGCCGUGGGGUCGGGCCAUGGGGCUAUUGCGCGGGUGCUGGUUGCGCAUGGCGCGCACUUGCACCUGGGGAUGGAGAUGGAGAUGGGAGGAGGAGGAGGGAGAAGGGGUGACGACGGGUGCCGGUGUAGUGAGAUGUACGCGUAG